CAGCCGCAGCCCUGGGGACAAGGCGGCAGCCGCCCUGCCAGCUCCUGUUCCUUCUCAUUGAGAAAAGCGAGCUGGAGCCAGAGGAGGGGAGGAGACGUUCCCUGCAGAGCGGCCUCCUCUCUCGGAUCCAAGGAGUCUCCCGGCCCGGCUGUGGGCUGGCUGUUCUUACGUGGCGAUUCCCUGGGGAUCCCCGGAGUUUGGAGGCAGAAGGGAAAAGGGAGACGCCUGCAGAGAGCAUCAAAGGAUGAUGGGGCACUGGAACAGGAACAGGACUGCCCUUUGAAAAGAUGUCACUCUACACUGAAAAGCUGCCUGGAGCCAGCGCCGUUCUUUGCCUCCCUUUGCCUCCGCUGAAAGAAGCCAGUGAGCAGAGUCCUGAAGUCUUCCUCCUGGGCUUUCGGGUCAUUGUUCCUCUGUCACCUUUUCCAGAGGAAUCUCAGUCCCCUCACUUCCAGCUGAGAAGACAGUUCGUAAUAAAAAAGAAUAGCGAUCCUAAUAAGCCCUGCUGCUUGGAUGGGGGCAGGGUUUGCUUGCUGUGGUUCUAGCCGUGCCUGUUUGAGAUGGCUGCCGAAACUUAAAACAAAACAAAAAAUAAACGCAUAUCAGGACCUGGCAGAUCAAGCCUUCGAGUUCUAGAAAUUAACCCUUGCAACCUACCAAAUAAACCAGCAUGAGGAGUGGAUGUGGGGUACUGCACAGAGCCAGGUGGUAAAGGACGCCGGGAAGUGGUUCACAACUUGGGAUCUGUAGGAUGCCUGAAGACCGAAAUGCUGGGGGACGGCCCUCAGGUGCCUUAGCUUCAAGCCCUUUCAUCCCCAAAACUACCUACCGAAGAAUCAAACGGUGUUUUAGUUUUCGGAAAGGUAUUUUUGGACAGAAAUUGGAAGAUACUGUCCGUUACGAGAAGAGACAUGGGAACCGCCUGGCUCCCAUGCUGGUGGAGCAGUGUGUGGACUUCAUACGGCAAAGAGGGCUGAAAGAAGAGGGUCUCUUUCGACUGCCAGGCCAGGCUAAUCUUGUUAAGGAGCUCCAAGAUGCCUUUGACUGUGGGGAAAAGCCAUCAUUUGACAGCAACACAGAUGUGCACACAGUGGCGUCUCUCCUUAAGCUGUAUCUCCGCGAGCUUCCAGAACCUGUCAUUCCUUAUGCGAAAUACGAGGAUUUUUUAUCUUGUGCCAAACUACUCAGCAAGGAUGAAGAAGCAGGUGUUAUGGAAUUGGCAAAGCAGGUGAAGAGUUUGCCAGUGGUCAAUUACAACCUCCUCAAGUAUAUCUGCAGGUUCUUGGAUGAAGUUCAAUCUUAUUCAGGAACUAACAAAAUGAGUGUGCAGAACUUGGCAACUGUCUUUGGCCCAAAUAUUCUAAGACCCAGAGUGGAAGAUCCUUUGACCAUCAUGGAGGGCACCGUGGUGGUACAGCAGUUGAUGUCGAUGAUGAUUAGCAAACAUGACUGCCUGUUCCCCAAAGAUGCAGAACCGCACAGCAAGCCCCAAGACGGAGGGAGUAACAACAACAACGAGAUUCAGAAGAAAGCCAACGCGGGCCAGCUACCGAACAAGGAGAACAACAAUACCAAGGACAGCCCUGGCCGGCAAUGCUCGUGGGACAAGUCCGAGUCUCCGCAGAGAGGCGGGGUGGACAAUGGGUCCCCCGCAGCCCUAUCAGGCAGCAAAACCCACAGCCCUCGGAACAGCGUCCACAAGCCGGAUGUCUCCAGAAGCCCCCCGCUCACGGUCAAAAAGAACCCCGCCUUCAAUAAGGGCAGUGGGAUUGUCACAAAUGGGUCCUUCAGCAGCAGUAACGCAGACGGUCCUGAGAAAACGCAAACAACCCCCAAUGGGAGCUUGCAGGCCAGAAGGGCCUCUUCGCUGAAGGGCUCUGGCACCAAGAUGGGCACGCACAGUGUGCAGAAUGGAACCGUGCGCAUGACCAUCUUGAACACCGACACGUUGGGGACCCCCAUGAACAGUCGCGGCCCCAGCUGGCUGCACAAUGGCUUCGUGACCCUGAGGGAGAGCAAGCAGAAAGAGCCGGCGCCAGAGGCGGGCCAGCACAACCGGCUCUCCACCUACGACAACGUCCAUCAGCAGUUCUCUGCGCUGAGCCUCGACGACAAGCAGAGCGUGGACAGUGCCACUUGGUCCACGUCUUCUUGUGAAAUCUCCCUCCCCGAGAACUCCAAUUCCUGUCGCUCCUCCACCACGACCUGUCCAGAGCAAGACUUUUACGGGGGCAACUUUGAGGACCCCGUUCUAGACGGCCCCCCGCAGGACGACCUUGCCCACCCAGGAGACUAUGAAAGCAAAAGUGACCGGCGGAGUGUGGGAGGUCGAAGUAGUCGUGCCACCAGCAGCAGUGACAAUAGCGAGACAUUUGUCGCUAAUAACACCAGCAACCACAGUGCGCUGCACAGUUUAGUGUCCAGCCUGAAACAGGAAAUGACCAAACAGAAGAUCGAGUACGAGUCCCGGAUAAAAAGCUUAGAGCAGCGGAACUUGACUUUGGAGACAGAAAUGAUGAGCCUACACGAUGAACUGGAUCAGGAAAGGAAAAAAUUCACAAUGAUCGAGAUCAAAAUGCGAAAUGCUGAGCGAGCAAAAGAAGAUGCUGAGAAAAGGAACGACAUGCUACAGAAAGAAAUGGAGCAGUUUUUUUCCACGUUCGGGGAGCUGACCGUGGAACCCAGGAGAACCGAGAGAGGAAACGCCAUCUGGAUCCAGUGAGCCCGGUCUCCCCUGCCCUCUCCGAUGGCUCUGGAAAGGACUUUGGGGACUCUGGUGGGGUCAUAGAUGGGAGCAGGUGGCUGGUCACCUAACUGUACAGUGCUCUAACUGGUGGAGGAGUAUUAUUUACAGACGUUAGCCAUCCAUAUUUUCACUGUGUACCAAAGUUAUAUCAUGCCCCAUAAUGCUACUGUCAAGUGUUACAACUGGAUCUGUGUAUAUAGAGUAGUUUUUAAAAAGUGAACUAAAAGCAAGAAGCAUAUUCAAAAAUUAUUUUAUGGCAAGUCUUGUAUUUAAACUGUUGAGUCAAAUAAGUUGUUGCAAUGUAGCUUGCUUUCAAGCUUCACCUCUUGCACUUAACAUGAGCUAUUUUUGGCAUUGUGUUAUCAUCCGCUUAUUUUAUAGAUCAAUAUUUUUAUUUCUCUCUUUGCUGAGGAAAUGAAGAUAAUCAGAAAUAUAAAUAUAUAUGAAGAUAUAUAAUAUGACUUAUUAAAAGCAAAAGAAUACUUUGUGGCUGUGCUAUUUGUACCAAUAGACAUUGCCCAUGACCAAAAUGGGAUGUGUAAAUAAUUUUAUAAAUAUGAUAGAAUCUC